AUGGAGUUACUUAUAUUGCGUUUAUCGCUAGUGACUUUUGCAACUGCCACCGCAACCGACGACGCCGUUGACGGUAAACUCUCGAAAGGUCGCCUUCGGUCUGUUUAUGUAAAUGCCGAUGAUUCGUCCGAAACCGAUCCCACCCGCACGUCAUAUUCCAUUCCAUAUGCCGAUGAUAGCGAUCUGCAACCGCAUACGGUGCAAGUUCAGAACUCCAGUCGUUUCAUCAGUCCGAUGUAG